AUGACACAGAAAAAGCCUUUCACAAGGACUGUUCCCUUUACCCAGCGCAACUGGGAAGCGGCUCAUAACGCGAAAAACAUGGGCGCGACCCUCUCCACGCCCAAGAGCCAAGAUGACAGUGGCCCUCCACAAAAGCGUCAGAAGGUCUCGGUUUCCCAGUCCAACGGUGACGCCUCACUCAUUGAUACAGAAGAUCGUACGGCUCUGCGUGUUGAGAUACACAAGAUUUUUCACAAGGACUCUAAGAAAGUUCGACCUCUCAAUGCUCUUCCCCCAGACGAUAUCAUCAAAACCAAGGCUAAAUGUCAAAUCACCGUUUCCGAUGUGAGCGGUGGCUUCACUCACAUCCUAUAUCGCAGCAGUCAGAGCUGUGACAUCGUCUCUCACACGAACCCGUCAGGCCCUCAUCGGAUUGCUUACAUUAAGCCACCUAAGCCAUUCCUUGUCCCCAAGGAAAGUAUCUUGGUCAACAGGCAGGAUGACCCGUCUCAUGACUUCUCGAAUGCAUAUAGAUUGGACGUCGAAAUGUUUUCAGUUCAAGAUGGCAAUUGGCCACCCCUCGAAGCCCAUGAGCUUGGUGUCCCCGCAAGCCAGCAAGGGCCUGUCCAAGGAAUCACCAAGCAGAAUUGGAUACUGCAUAGCGAGUUUCCCCAGGUUUUUGGCAGGAUAAAGAAACCCGUCAAGCUCACAGCCGGAUUCCAUCCACAGCGCUAUGAACGUCUGACUAAUUAUGUGAUGGAUGUAGAAUUGAAAUGGGCCUCGGGUACUCGACGAAUUGACAAGACUGCAAAAAACUGUAUUACUGCUUUCGAUUCAGAUGGCGAGAUUUACACCAAUGGUGUUCUUGAACCUAUAUCUGAUGAUCUUCUCGACAGCGCGAGCCCACCCGAGCUUGAGGAUGAUAUCGAUGACACCAGCAGCACCCAUCUUACAAAUGAUGUUCCUGUAAUGAACGGCACCAACGGCAUCAAUGGCCUUCAUGACGACGACGAAGAAAUGGGUGGCGUAAAUGGCAUCAAUGGGGACAUGCAUGAGAUUGAGGAUGUGAACGAAGUACAAGAGACGAAUGGAAUGAACGGGCAUAUUGGUGAGGAGGACUCGUCGCAUGACAUCUCUCAUGACCUGGAGGAAGAGCUAGAAGGCGACCACACUCCCAACCGAGCAUUACGAAAACGGAAUAACAAGCAAUACAACUUGAAGGUACUGACUGCGCAAGCCCAUGGAAAAGAGCGCAAACCCCGAGAUAAGGCUGGGCAACCUGAGCAAGGCGAGGGUUUCGUCACGUAUAUGCUGUCAGCUAAUGCACCGGUUCACCUACUCUCAUGGCAGUGUUGUGCCUGUGGUAACGCUAACGAAUCAUUGGACAUUUUGAGAGCUCACCUAAUGACAUACCAUCCGAAUUAUGUGUACACACUGGAAAAAACGAGUCAAGGGCCGCUGUUCCGAAUUACUCAUGUUUCGGGGUCUGCAGUCUCACCUUCGAAAGAGCUGCAGCUCGGAAAGCCCACAAAACCGCUUGAUCAGCAGGCUUACGUUAACGGCGAUGACUCCUGGGUCACUUCACGCUACGGUCCAGACCACAUGGAAGACAUUGUGCGAUUUUCACCGAAGCACAGCACCGAACGACAACUCUUUGGAAAAUCUGGCGACAAUCCUCCUCAGCCUCCAGCGACAGUUACGGCGGUGAUUCCACGACCGGAAAAGAAGAAGGUCAUCAUUCCAGAGUCUUGCCAGCCUCUCUUUGACCCUGUCAGCAAAGCUCGCCUGAAACCCGGUGAGGAGUUACCAAAGCCCGUGGUGGAUAAUGCAUGGUUGUUACAGAAGCAUCGCGAAGAUAUCGGCGAAUUCUCUGACGUCUCGAAAGAAGAGAAGGAAUACAUUCGCAGAUGGGACGCCUUUAUUCUUCAAGAAAACGUCACAUCUGGACAAUAUUUCAGGCGUGCUUGGGUCAAGUUUGUCAAAGAAAAUGCUUCUUGGCUGGUGGGUGCGAAUUAUCGGAUGAACGAGUAUGGCAAGCACCUGUGUGUUCUGAUGGCGCGAGAUGUCCUGGAUAACGCUAGUGUUGAGAAAGCUGGGAAGCUGAUUGAUGAGGCACGAGCUCGAUUGAAAUCAGAUGAGGAUGCGAAGACGAACGGUGUCAAUGCGGCGGAUAUUACAUUAAAACAGUCGCCUCGAGCUUCACAAAUCACGAGAGGCGCGAAUGGGUGUACAGUGUGUCAGCUCCCCGUUCUCGGACCUUCUCUACUCAUCUGUUCAAACAAGAAAUGCUCAAAUCGACUUUACCAUGCUAGUUGCAUCGAAAAGUCAGCAUCCAUUCCGGUCACUCGUCCCAAAUGGCUUUGCAAUGGGUGUAGCAAAACGGAAGCAACCUCCUAG